AUUUAAUGUUGGAAGGGAAGGUUGGUUAUUUUUGGCUAUUUCUUCCCGUUAAAGUGGCGAUAUUAGUUUUCGAGAAUCUGACAACUCUUCACUAGCUCCGUGUGGUUUCGGAUGAAUGAAGUUUAAUGUGAGGUUAGGGUUACUAAUCCGUGUUUUCGUAUUUCGUUGAAAGUUUUAACAAUACUAAUGUCGAAAUUUGAGAAAAGUAUAAACAAGGAGGCUAUGUCCUGUAGGCUUUGCCUUACUAACUUGAAUACUGGUAAUUUCGUAGUAAUAGACGAAAUUAUUGAACAAGUCCUGGACGUCCUUUUGAUGAAACUGAACGGCACAGAGAAAGACAAAUCCAUAAUGUGCCACACUUGUUCCACUAAACUGUUUGCGGCAUUUAAUUUCAAGGCAACGUGUAUGGAUACCGAGGACUGUAUCUUUCCAUACAUUUAUUCUGAAAUGGGGGCGCCAGUCGAUUUAAAUGAAAUUUAUCUAAAGGAAAGAGGUAAAGAGCAUUUAAAACAUAUAUUAGAAGACGAGAGGAUUUGUCGAAUGUGUAUGCAGGUAGUCACCUGUGGGUUUACGUCAAUAAAAGAGGUGGAUGUUGAUAUGUUCCGCACAUAUAUUCCGGAAAUGAACUUCAAUUCCGUCAGAGAACCCGUUAUAUGCCAAGUUUGCCUCGAUUCAUUGGACACCCACACAAGCUUUUUAGGAAAUUGUUUAAAUGUGGAAGAGGAAAUUAAAAAUAUUUCAAGCGACGAAGCCGUAAAAAGUUCCCUUCGUGUGAUCACAGAAGAAAUUGAAUUAAAAUCUGAGGAUUAUAAUGACACGCUACCGCAGAGCUCCGAUAAUGAACCAUUCGAGAAGAGUGAUUGUAAAGAUGCAGGAGAGGACGGAUGUAAACCGGAGAAUCGAUCAGUGAACAAAUAUAUGAAAACUAAACAGGAGCGCAAUGUAUCGUACAGAUGUGAUAAAUGUAGUUACGAAACUGGAAGUAAGAUCCGUUCUAGAGCACAUUGUGGGAGACACAAGAAAGACUCAGAAGUGUACAAGUGUGAAACCUGCGAUUAUAAAACUGAACAUAAGAAAUUACUUCAAAGGCACCAACUCAAACAUAAAGAUCCAUCACAGGUGCAAAUGUUCAGGUGUAGUGACUGUGAUUUUGAAACUAAAUACAAGCAAAGUUUAAAAAACCACGAAGUACAGCAUACAGGUCCUUCGCAAGUUCAAAUGUACAAGUGUAACGAUUGCGAUUAUAUAGCUAAAUUCAGAAGUCAUAUCAAACAGCACCAACUGAGACAUAAAAAUCCUUCAGAGGUUCAAAUGUAUAGGUGUAACGACUGCGAUUUCAAAACUAAAUACAAGAGUGUUAUCAAAGUACAUCAACUGAUACAUAAAAAUCCUUUGCUAGUUCAAAUGUACAAGUGUAACAACUGCGAUUAUGAAACUAAAUACAAGAAUCAUAUCAAAUCACACCAACUGACACAUAAAGAUCGUUUUCAAGUUCAAAUGUACAGGUGUAAAGACUGCGAUUUCAAAACUAAAUACAAAAAUGUUAUCAAAGUACAUCAACUGAAACAUAAGGACCCUUCGCAAGCUCAAAUGUAUAAGUGUAACAACUGCGAUCAUGAAACUAAAUACAAGAGUCAUAUCAAAUCGCACCAACUGACACAUAAAGAUCCUUUUCAAGUUCAAAUGUACAGGUGUAACAACUGUGAUUAUGAAACUAAAUACAAGAGUCAUAUCAAAUCACACCAACUGACACAUAAAGAUCCUUUUCAAGUUCAAAUGUACAGGUGUAACGAGUGCGAUUACGAAACUAAAUUUAAAGGUAAUAUCAAACAGCACCAACUGAAACAUAAAAAUCCUUUUCACGUUCAAAUGUACAGGUGUAAGUACUGUGAUUUCCAAACUAAAUACAGUGAGUAUAUCAAAAAGCAUCAACUGAAACAUAGAGAUCCUUCAGAGGUUCAAAUGUACAGGUGCAACGACUGCGAUUACGAAACUAAGUUCAAGAACUAUAUCAAACAGCACGAACUGACACAUAAAAAUCCUUCAGAGGUUCAAAUGUACAGAUGUAACAACUGCGAUUAUAAAUCUAAAUACAAAGGUGAUAUCAAAAAGCACAAACUGAAACAUAAAGAGUCCUCAUAG